CUGACAUUUUGCACCAGUUAGUCUGCACUGAUGAAAUGAAAUCUAAAUAUACAACAUGCUGUGGGUUUACAGAGGACUAUGUGAAUGUGUUUCUGUGGCCAGUCAGAAACUGUUAUUGUAUACUGAUGCUGCUUUGGUUUCCUGACAUGUGUGUGAAGUCUCAAAGACGAGUGUUUGUUAAAGUCAGGUAAACAUAGUCUUUGGAGGCAUUUCUGUCUGUUCUCAGUUGUGACUCGGCUUCAUCAUGACUGGACAUCUACUGUUUCUCAUCCUUCUCUAUUCUUUUUGUGAGAUCAAAGCUCUUCCUGAACCUAAACUGACACUGAGCAGAUCAGAGAUCACAGAAACAGAUUCAGUCACACUGAAAUGUGAGGCUCCAUCCUCUGUUCCUAUGUCUCAAUGUUCUUUCUACUCUUCCACUGGAGCAACUGUCAAAGAAUUGCCCUGCUUAACGAACUUGACAGCAACCGAACUGCUGAAGAUGGCAAAUCUCAAAUCACCUGCUACUGUUAAACUGAACUGUUUCUACACAACGCAGCCCGGAGCACCAAACUCUCCAUACAGUGACUUUUCCAGCAUCAUCAUUCAAACUCCUCUUCCACCUAUACUCAUCGUUAAUCCACCGGUGAUCAUAGAGACAGACUCAGUCACGCUCAACUGUGAGACUCCCCCAUCUGUUUCUGUGCCUGAAUGUUAUUUCUACACUUCAAGUGGAGGGAUAGUCAACAAGUUUUCCUGUCUAACGACACUGACAGCAACCAAACUGCUGGAGUUGGCACAUCUCAGAUCACCUACUGAAAUUAAACUGAACUGUUCUUACACUGCACAGUCUGGAGAGUUAACAUCUCCAUACAGUAACAUGUCCACCAUUAAAGUAAAAAGGACAACUUCAAAGGAUGGAAGAACCACAGAUUUAACCACUGUCAGUCCUGGUAAAACAUCAUCUGGGCACAAAGUUCACAAAGAUAAACCGAUAUGGAAACCACUGGUGGUUUCAACUGGUUGUGGAGUUGCUGUUGGUGUUGUCUUACUGGGAUGUGUACUUGUGAGGAAUCUGAAAAGAACUGUAACCAGCAGCUCACAAGCGCACUGCACUGAUGGCUUAAUGAACACAACACAUCUUGAAGAAGUGUCACCUCCAGGUAACGAGCAAGCAUACUCUGUAAUCACCUCAGUACCUGCUGUUGAUCCAGAUUCUACUCAAGAAGAUGGACAGCAACUUCAAAAAAAUGAAGGUGACAUAUACUAUUUGUACUCAUCCAUCCCAGAGGAGCCAGCUACAUCAGCCCUGAAGAGUAUGGUGUAUAGCACUGUGAACCCUGUGUACUCCUCUGUGAACCCCGUGUAAACUGCAGAUGAAAAUUGUUUUAAGAUGACUGCCUUAAGACAGUUUCAUAGCAUAAAUGUUAAAUUCCUAACUAAAUUAAAAAGUUAAAAAAGCAUUGUUUUCUUAUGUGUUGUCUAUUUUAU